GUACUCAAGGCGUUGUUGAACAUGUGGGCUUUGGUUGCUGCCCGUGGUGACGAGUGACCCCUUGCUGAUGCAUGCCCCACACCACAAGUUGAGGACGCGGGGGAGGGCGCUGGGCCACAGGGUGCGCCGGAGCAGCAGCCCGCGGGCGGUGUGCGGGCGGCGCAGGGCAUGGCGCCGCAGCCUGAGCAGGGCGAGCCGGCGGUGCAAGUGAAGAAGGCGGAGAAGGCGUGGAGGCGCGUCAUGUCAAAGGAGGAGGCGGAAGAUGAGUAAGGAAGCAACGACGCCGAGUCCUGGGAGUAGGCGGGUUUCCAGGUGCAGGGCGAGCCCGGGCGCUGCAGCAAGUAUGGCUCCGCUCUUGCAGGAGGUGGUGGCCAAGAUGUGCAUCGGGGCGGGGCCGUCGACAAGGACGGCAUCCACAAGGGCCGGGGCAACGGCUACACCGCCGGGCAACAUAAGGCGGCCCCUGCCCCCGCACAGCUAGCAGCAGUUCCCUGCCGGAUCCCCCGCAGGCGGCCACUGACACCGCGCAAGCCAGCAGCCAGGCCGGCGCAGGUGGCUACUGUGUGCACCAGCGCCAGCAGCCACGGAGAGCCGCCACCCCACCAACCCGCCACAACGCCGCCAGCUCCAGCUGGAGGCAGUCACUGGCGGCUACUGCACAGUCAGCUACAGCGUGUGCGUUCAGGGAAUGCGCGUGUGCGUGGACCGAGUGCCACAUCAGGCGGUGCCACAGCACUGGCGCGGGAUAGGGCGUUGAAGAUUUGGGUCAGGGGCGGCGGCGGCGCGCGCGGCCGCAACGGCGGCGUGGCGGUGGCGUGGUGGCGGCGCCCCCCCACCGCCGCGCGCCGGCCUUCGAGCUGGAACUGGCUGGCACCCCCGCGCUGCCCCACCCGCCGGCCGCGCCGAACCCCAGCACCGCCACGUCUACAACACGCCGCUGACCUCACGCCAGCCGCCUGCGUCAGGAAACGCUGUAUAAUGAAUUCAUACACAGCAGCUCGCACUCUGCAGACGUAUAUCGCCUCCUACAGUAUGAUGACGCCGCCAUCGCAAAUGGCGGGAAACGAAAGCCUAAUCCCCCUGCCG